UUACUUGCAAAAUAUCAUGGAAAAUACGAAAGAUAAGACUCAAAUUGAAAGUGAUUCAGUUACCACCACUGAUUCUUACGUGAUCGACACUGAUGGUAAGAAAUGCAGCUGCAAUAGUCGCAAACGUCCAUUCAAAGAUAAAAAAGAAUCUGUCCCCACUACUGACCCUUGCUUGGAGAAUGUUGCAAAGAAGGCGUGUUCAGCGUUCCAGUAUCUAGCGUAUCUAGGCGCUGCUGUGGGAGAUUCGGCUACGUCGUCCAGUAGGUAUAGCGGUGCUUUGCAAAUUCAGAAACCGGCACCAUUUUUCGAGGGCAUUGCAGUCUUUAAAAAAGAGUUUAUAAAAAUCAACAUCAACGACUACAAAGGACGAUACCUCAUUCUGUUCUUCUAUCCAUUGGACUUCACAUUCGUCUGUCCCACUGAGCUCAUUGCCUUUUCGGAAAGAAUGGAAGAAUUCCGAAAGCUUGAUUGUGCAGUUGUUGGCUGCUCAACCGACAGUCAAUACGCCCAUUUAGCAUGGACAAACGUGGAUCGUAAAACCGGUGGAAUUGGCGAUUUGAAUUAUCCUCUUUUGUCGGAUAAAACCAUGAGCAUUGCUCGCAGUUACGGUGUUUUAGAUGAAGAGACUGGGGCACCGUUCCGUGGCUUAUUUAUUAUCGAUAAGGAUCAACGUUUGCGUCAAAUAAUUGUAAAUGAUUUGCCUAUUGGACGCAGUGUUGAUGAAGUGGUGCGUUUGGUUCAGGCAUUGCAGUCGCACGAAGUGAACGGUCAAGUUUGUCCGAUUAAUUGGAAACCAGGAAACAGAACGAUUGUGCCAGAGCCGAAAGCGGCUUUGGAAUUCUUCAAGACCACGUCUUAGAUAAACGUUCAACGUCAAAUGUAAUCGUAAAUCGAGUAAAAAAAUAUUAAAAUUUUCAGUGGUUCUUCGUCAAAAACGGGUGUGUUUGUAAUGUAACUGUUUUUCUCUUACUAAAUAAAUUGUAAUUUAAGUCUCAUCAACAAAA